AGUAAAUAACGAAGUAUUUCCCGUCGUAUUAUUGAUACGGACACUGUCAUCGAACUGAGAGUACAACACCAUGGGCACCGCAUCGAGCGAGCAAGCCGAAAGGGAACCUCUUCUGUCCCCGUCAAGCACGGAGACAAAUGACCUGCCAGUGUACAGCAGAGUGUAUGGGAGAAGAUGGCUGGUGUUGACAUUUUUUUCCCUUCUGGGAUUCUUGCAAGGGAUGGUGUGGAACUCAUGGGGUCCGAUCCAGAACUCAGCCAUACGUGCUUUUGGUUUCAACAAGUCCGACAUCGCGGUCCUGGUUCUGUGGGGUCCAGUGGGCUACAUCCCCUGGCUGCUCUUCAUGUGGCUGAUGGAUAAUAAAGGUCUGCGCGUGUCCCUCCUGCUGUCAGCAUUCUUAAUGCUGCUGGGCUCUGCGCUACGCAGCGUUCCUCUGGAGGAGGAGCUACUGCGUCGAUGGUUGAUCCACGGGGGCCAGCUCCUCAACGGUCUGGCCGGCCCUACCGUCAUGAGUGCCGGGCCCCUGCUCUCCACCACCUGGUUCGCCCCAGACCAGAGGGCCACCGCUACCGCCGUGGCCACGCUCGUCCCCUACCUGGGCUCGGCCGCCUCCUUCCUCCUGGGGCCCCUGCUCGUCCCCGCCCCCAACGACUCCAUGCCGACGACCGCCCGCGGGGCGUCCGGGGGGACGCCCCACGACCUCUUCAUCCGAGACCGGAUCCAGCUGUUGAUGUACUCGGAGUUUGGUGCGGUUGCGGUGCUGUUUGGUGCGGUGCUACUGUACUUCCCCUCUCGCCCGCCUAUGCCUCCCAGUGUAGCCGCGGCCAGCCAGAGACUCAGCUACAGGAGCAGCAUAAUCAGACUCCUAAGCAAUGGGCGAUUCCUGAUGAUAGCCGUGGCCUACGCCGUGCCCUUGGGGGUGGUCGCCGGCUGGUCAGGGGUGCUCGACAUGAUCCUCACGCCGGCUAAAGUAAGCCAGGUGGAUGCGGGAUGGAUCGGGUUUUGGUCCAUCGUGGGCGGCUGUGUGUUCGGGGUGGCCAUGGCCAGGUUUGCUGACUCAAUCCGCGGGAUGCUGAAGCUGAUCCUGGUGCUGAUGCUGGCGGGCGCCUCUCUGUCUGCCACCUGGUUCACACUCACCUGUCUGACCAGGCUCACCCACCUCCCCUCCACCGCAGCCACCCUGUACACCUCCUGCAUCCUGGUGGGCAUCUUCAUCAACAGCAGCGUGCCCAUGUUUUUCGAGCUCUUCAUCGAGACGGUGUACCCGGUUCCCGAGGGCAUCACGUGCGGCGUGGUAACCUUCCUGGGUAACCUUGUCAUGGGCUUGCUGCUCUUCUUCCUCACCUUCUCCUGCACAGAUCUGUCCUGGCUGAACUGGUGUCUGACGGGCUCCUGCCUCUUCAGCCUGAUGCUCAUCCUCCUCUUCAGGGAGUCGUACGACCGCCUCUACCUGGACGUCUUCGUCUCGGCCUGACCUCCAACUGACCUUCGUCUGACCUUUGCCUGACCUCCAACUGACCUCUGACUGACCUUCUGACCUGGAAAAGGACAAGAAAGAAAAAGACUGACGAUUAUAAUCCCCAUUGCACAAAGAAACGAUGACAAAGGAGGGAAAAACGAAUGGGGGGGGGGGGGGGCAAAGCCUACUGCUGAACUCUUGAGGAUGUUCUUGAGUGUAAAAACAAAGUGUAUCGACCGGCAGUGUGUGUGCUGGGUUGGAUUUCUGUACGGAUGCGGUUGGCCCAGACCUGGUGGUUGAACGCCUCACAUAACUGUCGUCGUCUUCUGGAACAGCGCGCUCUGUUUUGUAAAUUGUGUCUUUGUAUGUCAACACUUAAACUGAUACCCGAUAUUUUUUAAGAAACUGAUAAAACCACGAAAGGGAUUUGUCAUCUGUUUGCAGAUGAAAUAAUGGUUAAACUUUUAUUAAUUUUAUCGCUGUUGCUUUGUUGAGCUUCAAAGUGGCAGGAGACGGGAAAGGUUUAGCUCAUUCUCGGUACUCACUCAUUUGUCAAGUCAAUUCCCACUCUUUCCUGUUUGACCUUUUAUCGGGAACGUCGUGAAUGACAUACUGACAUCAAAGGAAUCAUUAACAAGGAACGAAGGCUGCUGACCAGGCCUCCUCCUCCUCAGCCAAUCAGCAGUGCCGCUGAUGUCUGCUGUUUGCAGGUCUAACAAGGGAGCUGGCCUACUUAGCACCACUCGUCAUUCAUCAGAGGCCACGGACUGACUGGGCGGGCCGUAAAGGGACACCGCGCUCGGGGAGAGGACCUUUUGAUCCGUCUGUCGCCUCCCACUCAGUACAGACAGACAGACAGCAGCGCUUGCAUGGGACCAAUACCUGUGGAGCAACGAGUAUUAAGUACACAGAGGAGCGUUAUUUUGGACCUAACACUAUGCUAAAAAAAUUGCACAAGGAUCGUUUUUUUUUCCGGAGUCCUGUGAACAAAACCAUAAUUUGUCUUUCUUUUGUGUGAUCAUUGAUGAGUUAUCGUCGAGUUGUUGUCGGCGAGUGAUUUUAUUGUUUUUUUUUAUGUAUUUUCUUUCGUCGUAUAUUUAUGGAUGGAAUGUUUUUAUUUUUGUAGGUUUUAACGUUGUUCUUAAAAAAAAAUCUCCCUAUUUCACUGUUUACGAUCACUAUUUAUUGCGAGGAUUGCAAAGCCGCUGACCGUCAUUAUGACCGGCUCUGUACGUUCUCCACGACGGACCUCUGUAACGGCCCCGGCCGGUGCUUCUGAUGGUUGCCAUGGCUGCGAGGUUGCCAUUACUCAUGUUCUAAUUAUACAAUGGUUCUUGGCGUCUGCCGUUGAAGCAAACUGCCGUGAGAGAUGAAGCCAGAAGGUGAAGGAAAACGUAUUUGAACGGUUACCUCAAAUAGCAAGAUUGAAGUCUUGAAUACACACACACACACACACACACACACACACACACACACACACACACACACACACACACACACACACACACACUCCCUGCUGCUUUGUUUACGAAGUUUCACAGGCUUUUUAACGUCGUCUUUUUGGCAUUUUUCGGAAGAUGCAAAUUUGGGUGUUGCCUCGAAAUGUGAACCCUUGUGAAUCACUGGCUGCACUUUUUUGAUGCAUAUCAAACUCACACCUUCAUGUUUUAGACGAUAGACAGAGAGGCAAGGUUAGCCAGCAACAUGUAAAAAUAAGAAAAAGAAAAAGCUGGCCUCUUCUCUCGUCAAUAAUCCUCUCGUGGUAGCAUUUAUUUCUGUGUUAAACUACAAGCAACCAAUCCAUGUCCUUAUCUCUUAUUUCUUUUUUUAAUCCAUUGUACAGAAAGGAGUCUCCUUUACCUUGCCUUAAUCACCCAGAACUAAGUUGAUGUUGUCUUUAAAAGAGGGGGAGCAUUCAAAAUGUCUUUGUUUCUAAGACCAUGUAUGACUGUUGAAUAUUUGCCGCACCUUAUUAAAACAAACGCUCUACGAACGA